CGACACCGACACCGACACCGACGCCGACGCGGCCUCACGCGUUCACUCCCCGGCACCCUCUGUGAGCUAUUUAUUGGUUUAGAAGGAAUCUUAAUGGGAUUUGUGAGGAAGAAAGAAGGGUUAAGAGAGAGAAAGAAUCUUGUUCUGUUGACAAAGUAAAACCGAAAAACCGAUAAAGAAACAGUUAUAUUUCCCACUUGCCUUUCAUUUUGUGCCAAUUUCCACUACAAGUAACUUUCUCUCUCCCCCAAACCCCAGAGAAGAAAAGAAUAUAAUAAACAAUAAAAAACCAAUACAGAGGAAGGGAGACAUUGCGAUCGAUCCGAUCCGAUCCGACCCGAAGGAACAGAUCUUUUGACCAUGAGUUCAGACACAACCGGCGGAGAAUCGCCGGCGCAGGGAUCUAGCGGGAAGGCGAGCUCGACGUCGUCGUCGGCGGACAAGCAAAAGGAGAAGGCGAGAGUGAGCAGGACUUCGCUCAUCUUAUGGCACGCUCACCAGAACGACGCUGUCGCUGUCCGCAAGCUUCUCGAGGAAGAUCGGUCUCUGGUCCAGGCUAGGGACUACGACAACCGUACGCCUCUCCACGUGGCUUCACUCCAUGGCUGGAUCGACGUCGCCAAGUGCCUAAUCGAUUAUGGCGCCGAUGUCAACGCCCAAGAUCGCUGGAAGAAUACGCCUUUAGCUGAUGCAGAAGGAGCUAGGAAACAUAAUAUGAUUGAGCUAUUAAAAUCAUAUGGUGGAUUAUCUUAUGGCCAAAAUGGAAGCCAUUUCGAACCAAAGCCAGUUCCACCCCCUCUACCAAACAAGUGUGACUGGGAGAUUGACCCUUCUGAGCUGGACUUCACAAAUUCAAAUAUUAUUGGGAAGGGGUCAUUUGGUGAGAUUUUGAAGGCCAGUUGGCGAGGAACACCAGUAGCUGUCAAACGCAUUCUUCCAUCUCUUUCAGAUGACAGAUUGGUGAUUCAGGAUUUCCGGCAUGAAGUGAAUUUGCUAGUGAAGCUCCGCCACCCUAAUAUAGUUCAAUUCCUGGGAGCUGUAACUGAGAAGAAGCCUCUUAUGUUAAUUACUGAGUAUUUAAGAGGGGGUGAUCUUCAUCAGCAUCUCAAGGAAAAGGGUGCACUUAAUCCAGCAACAGCCAUCAACUUUGCAUUGGACAUAGCUAGGGGCAUGGCUUAUCUUCACAACGAGCCAAAUGUUAUAAUUCACCGAGACCUUAAACCAAGGAAUGUGCUUUUGGUCAACUCCAGCGCUGACCAUUUGAAAGUUGGAGACUUUGGAUUAAGCAAGCUCAUCAAGGUUCAAAAUUCUCAUGAUGUCUACAAAAUGACUGGCGAGACAGGGAGUUAUCGUUAUAUGGCUCCUGAAGUUUUCAAACACAGAAAAUAUGAUAAAAAGGUUGAUGUUUUCUCUUUCGCAAUGAUACUGUAUGAGAUGCUUGAAGGAGAGCCUCCAUUCUCACAUUACGAGCCUUAUGAAGCAGCUAAGUAUGUCGCAGAAGGACACAGGCCUACUUUUCGUUCAAAAUCAUACCUCCCUGAACUGAAAGAUUUAACAGACAAGUGUUGGGCUGCUGACAUGAACCAAAGACCAUCUUUCUUGGAAAUUCUCAAGAGGCUUGAAAAGAUCAAGGAAAAUGUACCCACCGAUCAUCAUUGGAAUAUAUUCAAUACAUGAUGCUCAAGAUUUGAUGAAAUCAAUGAUUUUCAUCCUGUUUCCACUAGCUCUCCCAUUUGUGCAGAUGGUCUUGUGAAUACACUCACUAAGUAGCUUAUGAUAGAUUUUGCUAUGAUUGGUUUUCCUCUAUUCUUUCCAAAUUCUAUCAUGAGCCGGUGUGUCUGCAUUUUCAACUCUUAUUAUCUCGAAUUCAAGCAAAUAAACCGAGGAGAUCAUUCAGAUUGACAUAUAUAAAAUGUUUUCUCAUCUUAUGGUCUCUUUUAUCUUUCAUCCUUCAAUUGGAAUGCCUUAUAGUCACACUAUUGAUUAUGAGGAGCAAACAAUAGGCAAAUUUCUAUGUUGUUUGUUGUUUUAGUGUCUUUUUUUGUAAACGGUUGGACAAAGUUGUCUGAAUCUUUAGGCAGAAUUUUCUUGUAUAUGAUGAAUUUGUGGAACUUUGCAA